AUGAUGCUCCCGUGUUCCGUGGCCGACAUCCUCUUCCUUUUGAUUGAAGCAGUUGGGCAGUUUGUAAGUUUCUGUGUUAAAAAUUUGGGAAGAACACAUCGUCUUUAGAUCCUCUUUGUAGUCGUAUUUUUGGUGUGCAAAAUUGGUUUUUAAAAAACAGAAAAUUUUAGAAGGCUAUUUUCCGACAAGAAAGCAAUGUUUCGCCGCGGCACGCCUUACUCUCCAGUCUUUGUAGUUUCAUUUUUUUCUUUCGUAGAUUUAUUGCAAACGAAAUACUUUUAGAAAGUAAAAUUGGACGAUGCCGUGUUUUUGUGCUCUCUGGAAGGUCCGGGCCGGCAUUUGAAUAGAGAUGACCAAAUAUUCAUUACUGUGUUGUAUGUGUCAGGUCUGUGUUUGAUACAGGCUGUGUUGCCCGCACAAGCGUUUUUUCGGUAUUAUGCGGUUACUCGGUAAGUCAAUAAUAGAGAGUUUAAAAUGCCGAUAAUUUCUUUGUAACAUGAGUUAAGGCCAUUUUUAGGGGCCACGCACUCACCAUCUCCGAGACCGCCGGACUGUUUGGUCUUUCGAUUCUGGGGAUCCUACCUAUAACCUUCUUAUGUUAUAAGGCUUUUGAUGUCUCAUGGCAGGUAAGACCAGACUUCGACUAUGCGCUGCUGUGGUACGAGGGCGAAACUCCGACAACUCUUCUUGUCGCUGACAUUGUAAGUACCCCAAUAUAAGCAAGCGCAAUUACGAAAUUACACAUUCCACUGUUCUCUGACGAUCCAGUUUUCCUUACAUUCUGAAGCUUUUUUGUGCAUAAAGUCAUUGCAAUACGAUGGAUUUGCACUGCAAGUUUUUAUUUUAGCGUUCAGUCCACCCGAAGCUCUACUUCUUCUACUCCGGAUUCGUGAUGACAACUGCUUACGCUAUAACAAUAUAUUACGGUUCCAAGGCUUUCAAAACGUUGGACAAAGAGUCAAGGAACGUUUCCCAGAGGACGAAACAACUACAAUCGCAGUUGUCUCGCUACUUGGUCCUACAGGCACGUCAUUUUUUCUACAUUUCAUUUCAAGCCAAUCAGCAGGAAUUUUAUCGUAAUUGCAAAUUCCAGGGAUUGAUUCCGCUGACUACAGCUGUGGCGCCAACUCUUUGUUUGGUGAUCAGCCAAUUUGCUGGGCUGAGCAUUGGAGGACUUGCAGCGCUAUGCGUCUCGUUGUAUAGCUGGAUUCCAUUCCUGAACGCAACGAUAACAAUAGUCGUAAUCGUUCCCUAUCGACGAGCGCUAAUCAGGAUCUUUAGAAAGAAAGAUGUAGAUCCGAAAACAGGAACUGCUACCAGCACCUCCUAA